AAAAUUCAUCUUUAUUGACUCCCUUUUUUUUAAAAAAGAAUCUUUACUUCUCUCUUAUUAAUUAUGUCGACGCAUAAUUUUUCGACAGAAGAUUUAGCAAAGUCAUUACUUGAUAAAUUGGAUAGAAGUAAUAUCUUCCCGCCAUUAUUGAAUAAUCCAGAAACUUUUAUUUCUACUCUAAGUAAUUUAUCAUUACUUCGACCAAGAAGACCCCCUAAUGCUUUUUUACUUUGUCGAAAAAAUGUCCAAGAGGAAGCAAAACGUAAAGGAAAUUGUAACAUGCGAGUAAUAAGUAAAGUUACUGGAGUUUUAUGGAAAGAUGCUUCUCCAGAUGAGAAAAAAGUUUAUGAAAAAUUGGCCAAUCGGGUUCAUGAAAUUCAUUAUAAAAAAAUUAGUAAAAAUACUAAAUCAACGACAAGGUCGCCAUAUUUAUCACAAAAUAAAGAAAUUACCACUUCUAAUCCCUAUCCUGUUCCUGCCUCAUUUUCAACUUCUUAUUCUCCUAUUACUUUUGGUCAAGGUAAUGAUAUUUUACUCUUAAAUAAUAAUAACGGUAAUAAAUAUAAUUAUAAUAAUUAUUAUUCUAAAUAUUGAUCCUAAUUAUGAUAAAAUCUUUUUAAAUUG